AGCAGACAAAACCCCCACCCAGUUGCCGUUGCUCAGAAAGCAAAAGCACCGUCAGACACACAGAGUGACAUUCCAAUUGUAUAUAGGCUGCAAGCCUAUGACUACAGAGCGCAGAACAAUGACAGAGUCCUCUAGUGGAGCUUUCUGCCAGUAAGAGAAGGUGGGAGUGUAUAUCUACAAGGUCAGCUGUCGCUGCAAGUGCUUCCCAGUGAAGGGGUGUGCACGGACUGCUGUUCUAAACCCGGAAUUGGAAUAAAAAGGUGGAUUGGAUUUUAUGCACUGCUACAAAUUUGGGAUUAGUUGAGCCUUUGUGUGAAAAAUCCCAUUCAAAACGUAGCCCGCGUUUAAGCUGCUGCUUUAUGUCUGCAGAGAGCAGUGCACUGGAGGAAAACAGAAACUGCAUUGAUUGCACUAUGUAGAGCCAAAAGCCAAUGAUUGACUCUGCAACCAUUACAUUGUCAUGUCUUCCAAAAUACACCCUUUCAUGUCUCGAAGCUGCAACAAACAAGCUGACCCUGGCAUCCCUCGCAGCUUAAGUUAUAUUAAUGACCUUUACAGGAAUGUGCGAUUGGCAGAAGGAUUUGGUGGCCAUGGAACAAGGUUAAACAAAGAACAGUGGAGACCCCGUGAGCUCUUAAAGACACAGACCGAUUUGGGCAAAAGCUGUGACCCAGAACUGCGCCCGAUUAUACGCCGCAGAACAAAAUCUCUACCCAGCUCUCCAGAGAGGAAGACGGCUGCCAAGUGUCGACCCCAGUGCAACAAAGUCAGAUUUGCAGAUGCGCUUGGUUUGGAGCUGGCAGAGGUAAAGGUGUUCAAUGCUGGGGAUAACCCAUAUAUUCCACUGCACGUUCUCUCACGCCUCUCUAUUAACUCUGACUUGUGCUGCAGCCAGGAUUUGGAAGUGUCUCUCCAAUAUCUGGAACCGGACUUCAAGCAGCCUGCGGACUGCGAAGAUUUCCUGGACCGUCUGAGGCAAUACUAUGUUUGCUUGGAGCAUGUCACUAGUUCGGAAGAGCUGGAGAUUUUUGGAACCAUCCGCGUUUUGAAUUUGGCCUUUGAAAAGACAGUAACAGUCAGGUAUUCAUUCACCAACUGGAAAACCCAUUCCGACGUGCCUGCAGUCUGGCAAAGUAAUGACAACAAUGGUAUUCUGAACUUGGAUAUAUUUGCUUUUACAAUCACAUUACCGCCUUUUCUCACACAGAUCUGCUCGGCGAUACAGUUUGCUAUAAGAUACGAUGUCGAUGGUAAGGAAUUCUGGGAUAACAAUCAGGGAAGAAACUAUAAAUUUACAUCAAGAAGCCACACACUAAAAAUGCCAAAGGACAGUGAGCAAAGCUGGAUCCACUUUAUUUGAUUUUUGGAUCUUGAUGUUUCAUUGGAAAACAUUAUCUUUCUAGUGGUUUCAGGUUUGUACAUAUGUACUAGAAUGAGCAGUGUUUUAUUGACAAAGGUAAACAAUUGUCAUAUACUAAAGCUGGAUGAAAGGGCAUUUUUUGUUUUUGUUAAGCAUGCAUGUUUCCACAAAAGUGAGGUUGGUGUUUUCAUGAAUCAUCUAUAACACAAUGACUUCACUGAUAUACAAAAGAGACAUUAACAGUGAUUUGCUGAAAUGUAUUAUCUUUGGUAUGUGUUACAUAGUGGAUCUUUCUUUAUGCGAUAUGUAUUUAAGACACUGAGAUAUAAAGAGAGCAAAGUCUAACUGAACAUUGCUCCAAUGCAUAUUUCUGACAGCAAGCAAAGGCAUUAUAGCACUGAAAAAGUUCAGGCAAACACUUGAAGGUUCAUUUGUAAAGACAGACUGGACCAAAGGAAAACUGUAAUAGU